AUGGUUGGUGUGCUUGGUGUCGUUGUGGUUACUGUUGCCGAUUCGGUUGUGGGUAUGGAUCCUAUAGUCGCCCUCAUCGGACAGCUGAUGUUUACGUUGCUGGCUUGCCAGACGCAGCUGCUUCUUGCUUACCGGCGCUAUUCAGCCCAACGCCGCAGAGCUGCAGCCAGGAUUCUGUUCCAGGAUUCAGUCUCCACCGUCGCCUGGACGCGCUCCAGAAUACGGCGCCGGCAGCGCUUCCAACAUUGGUUCCUGCUUGCGCAGAUGGAGGAGCCACGGCAGCACUGGGUAUACCCGAGAAGCACCGACUGGUGGGAGAAUAUCGUGUUGGUGCACUGGGAUGACCGUCGGUGGAUGCGCCGCUUCCGGAUGUCCAAGAGGACCUUCAUCGACUUGGUGGAAGCCCUGCGUCCAAGGCUGCAGCGUCAAAACACCUCCCUUCGCUCUGCAAUAUCGGUGGAGAGACGAGUCGCGGUUGCAAUUUGGUGGCUGGCCAGCGGAACAAGCUACCAGGUGGCGAGCGAUCUGUUCGGGAUUGGGAAGUCAACGGUAGCCUCCGCGGUGGUCGAGUUCUGCCUCGCGGUCGAGGUGGAACUUCUAUCGAAGACUGUCUCCUUCGGAAGAGCGAUUGGACAGAUAAUGGACGGUUUCCGUAGAAUGGGUUUCCCGCACUGUGUGGGAGCUAUUGAUGGAACGCAUAUCCCAAUCUGCGCUCCUGGAGGCCGCCCAGAUCAGUACGGCAACCGCAAGAACUAUUCCUCGAUUCUGCUCCAAGGCACAGUUGAUCACCGGGGAAGAUUUGUGGACGCCGAGGUGGGGUGGAGUGGGAAGAACCACGAUGCCUUCGUGUUCGCCCACUCCGCCUUCUGUGUUGCCAUGGAUAGUGGCUCACUAAUUCCGGGAAACCCUUUCAUGGUGGUGGACGGUGUAAGAAUACCCCCGGUGGUCAUUGCCGAUGGAGCCUACCCCAUGCGUAGGUGGCUUAUGAAGCCCUACGGGAGAACGGCAACCACACAAGCUCAGAAAAUGUUUGACACCCGCCUAUCGCGAGCCAGGAACGUGGUGGAAUGUUGUUUCGGAAGACUGAAGGCCAGGUGGAGGUGUCUGUCACACCGCCUCCAAGUUAGGGAGCACAACGUCAUCGCUGUGGUGACAGCAUGUGUUGUUUUGCACAACCUCUGUGAAAGCCGGGGACAUCCCAUCACUGGCCGCGGAGCAGCCCCAGAGACAAUACUUGUUUCUCAUGGAGAGGGACAAGAGUUGACCACCCAUCACAGGCAUCUUGCCGAAGGAAAGGUGGUUAGGGAUGCCCUGGCCAAGUAUAUGGGCCUAGAUUCGACAAGUUGAUGUUGCCUCCCUCAGUGCGGCAAGUGAUGGACAUCGGCUAACCUGCUUCAAAAAGCUGCUAAACCAAGGGGAACAUAAAUGGUCUCAACCAGCAACUCUAAUCUGUGUAAAUAAAAAAAAAAUUUGGUUAACUGAACUCAAAAGACUAUUGAUUAUUGGGGUGCUGUCAGACAAGCGGUGGAUGUGAAUUCAAGUCCUGGCACAUGCAGACAAUACAUUCCCACACAGCUGAGUGGUCCCCCGCAUACAUCGUUCACAGUUGGUCAUGGUAUUUUUGGCCAAGUCUGGAAUAGGGCCCCCCCCCCAAAUUUCCAAUUUGGACUGCAAGUGCUCCUCCCAAAAAUAUAACUUAGCCGCAUGUUGCAAUCAAGGGGGGGGGAAGCGCCACUCAAUUGGUGACUGCUGUGUUUCACUUUUUGCAGGAAGGCUGUUUAGAAUGGUCACUACAUGAGUGAUGCCACUUACACAAAGAAACACAAAUGUGAUUCUUACUGUAAUUUCAUUGUAUUGUCUGAUGUUAAAUAUUCCUAAACUUUGGGGAUUGCGUUGAAAAAAAAAAGGGAGUCAACAUUGGAAACGAUUGGCCAUCAUCUUAUACCUUGAUGAUUCCAUUUGAUCCCAGAAAGUUAAGAAUUUUAAAACAGACAUACAUGACUGGGGCGACAACUCCUUAACACACAUUUAUUUCAAAUACAAUAGAUAAAGACCAUUAAGGGGUCACCAGUGCAAUGGAAUCUGUCAAAUGAACUUUGCUGCCAAAAACCAUGAUAUGUGGCAAAUAAGGAGGGCAACGCAGAACAUAGCUCCUCAAAGCGUCAGCCUCUCCCUGGCUUUGCCAACACAGGAACGCCUCGCUGCUGCCUUCUUCGGGGUGGCCUGUGA